AAAAGCCACACGCAAGGUCGCAGUUGACGCUGGCGCCAAGCCGUCGUACCAUAGUCGAUCGAGCGUGACAGUGGUGUGCACAAAGCGGUGAGCUCGCCGAUUUUGCAAUUUGCAACCCUGUAAAAGUAGAUUGAUAAAGCACGUGGCUGCAGACGCACUCAUGCAUCGCGCACUCCCCGCUGCAGCCCUCGGCUGCAUAGCUGCAGUAGCAAAAAGCGCGAGAAACGACGCCGCCGACGCGCCCCCGCCGCCAGCCUACAGCCGCGCAGCGCUCGGGCACGACGCGCUCGGAGAGCGGUGGCCGCGCGACACGGCUGGCAUGGUAGGCAUCCCGAAGCGCGCGUGGCCGGAGCGCCAGCCGGAGAUCGAAGAGGCCCCGGCGUUGCGCGAACUCUUACGAGCGUGCGAGGCCAAGGGUGAGACGUGCUCGGCCGAACGCUUCGUGCUCGCCACAGCUCUCAUCGGGUCAAAGGAUGACCAGGCCGAGGGCGCGGCCCUGUACGCCGUCGACGCCAAUAAUGACGCCGACGCGGCAUGUGCGUUGGGCAUCUGCUACCAAGGCGGGACGGGCGUCGACCUCGACGAGACCAGGGCCCUCGAGCUCUUCCGCGCGGCCGUGGCGAGGCAGAACCACGCCCAGAGUCACUACGAGCUUGGGGCGAUGGCCUACGUGGGCCAGGGUAUGGACGAGGAUGAGUCGCUGGCCUUCGCGCACUGGGCCAAGGCGGCGGCCCAAGGGCACCCGGCGGCGGCGUUCAUGCUGGGAGAUGUGUAUCUGGAGGGCCUCGCGGUGCCGAAGGACGCGGACCGAGCGCUGCGCUGGUUUGUUUUUGCGGGCGACCGGGGCCACCGCGGCGCGCGGUCGCGGGCCUUCGCGCUGACGCAGCCCGAGACCACGGACGAGGAGACGGCCUCGGGGCGCUACACGGACGGGUCGCGCAUGUCGAUCGCGGACCGCGUGGCUUCUUCUUCGGAGUAAGUACUGUGC